UAUGGUAUUUAUUUUGUUUUUGCAACAGGUUUUGACUGCUGGGCAUUUGACAUUUGCUGCACGUUAUAAAGUUCAUUGCAACCACGUUUAUUUUCAAUUUUAGUAAAAAUUGAAAGUUUCCUUGCAAUUUAUAUGAUAAAAUGGGCAAAAAGAAUAAAGAAACACUCGGUCGUGCGCUUAUUAAGGACAGAUAUGCCAAAAAUCGACAUCGCCGUCAUGUUGAAGAUAAUACCAUGCUCCAUACGACGGAGGUAAACGAUGGCUAUGACUGGGGUCGUCUCAAUCUGCAAUCAGUCACAGCAGAGUCUUCCCUGCAAGAGUUCUUGUCAACCGCGGAGUUAGCUAAUCGGGAGUUUAUUGCUGAGAAAUUAAAUGUUAAAUAUGUCAUGUCUGUGCCAUCCCCUGUUGAAAUAGCUACAUCACAACCAGAUUUUGACGAGCCACUUACAGUUCCUAGAAGACCUCCAUGGAAGCUUGGUGUGACAGCAGAGGAACAGUUAACAAAAGAAAGAGACUCAUUUCUCGACUGGAGGCGACAUUUAAAUGACCUACAAACAAAACUGGGUGCGGCGGUUACACCAUAUGAAAGAAACUUGGAGCUUUGGAAGCAGCUAUGGAGAACUUUGGAGAAAUCAGAUAUAGUUUUAAUUCUAUUGGAUGCAAGAAAUCCUCUAUUGUUAAGAUGUGAAGAUCUAGAAAAGUAUGCAGCUGAACAAAAAUGUAAAUGUAUUUUAUUAUUGAAUAAAGCAGAUUUAACAACAGAGUAUGUGAGGAAGUGUUGGGCUGAAUAUUUUACUAAAGAGAACAUUCCAAUAAUAUUUUUUUCCGCUGCAAAAAGCACAAAAGAAAGAAAAAUAUCCGAAGAGAGUAAAGAGGCUGAACUAAAUGAUGAUUCAGAAACUGAGUCAAUAGAUUCUGAAGACGAAGGUGAUGAUGAAAACCCCAAUGCAUUGAAUGAGGCACAAGACGACAUAGAACUAUUUAAAAGACAAAUAGAAGAUCUAGAUAAAGCAGUAAAUAACACAGCUAAUAGAAUAGAUUCUAUACAAGAAGCCUUAGACGAGGUUUUAGAAAAUCUAAGACUAGGUAAACCUAUAGAACCCUUUCGAAGUAUUGAAUCUACAACUAACGAAGAAACACAUUUGACAGAAAAUUCAAACACAAAUGAUGUACCACGGUGUAGCACGGAAGAUGUAAAUGAAGAUGUUGAAAAUGAUACAAAUUCAUAUGAAAUAUUCGAUAGAGACAGAUUACUGCAAGUAUUAAAAAAACAAAAGCUUAAUAAAUUGAAAAAUCCACCAAGACUUACCGUUGGUAUGAUUGGAUACCCAAAUGUGGGAAAAUCAAGCUCUGUAAAUGUUUUAAUGCAGUCUAAAAAGGUUAGUGUCAGCUCAAUGCCUGGUCAUACAAGACACAUACAGUCAUUGAUAUUGGAUGAUAGUAUAGAAUUACUGGAUUGUCCUGGAUUAGUGUUGCCAGCAUAUGCUGUGGCUCCAGAUCUCUUGUUGACGGCUGUGUUGCCAAUUGAUCAGAUGCGGUCCCACGACGCGGCGAUGGCCCGGCUGUGUGAGUUGGUGGGCAGACAUACCUUCCAGCAGAAAUAUGGCCUACUGUUGCCGGAGUACGAGGGCAGUGAACAUGAGUACAAGAAGAUAUUGACGGCACACGCCUUCAACCGAGGCUUCAUGACGGCUGCCGGUCAGCCAGACGUGUCGAGAUCGGCCCGACUAUUCCUAAAAGAUGCAGCAAGCGGUCGUCUACAUUGGGAACAAUUACCCCCUGGAUAUGACCCAGCGCCUAUUGACAGUUUAGUUCAAGAAAAGAAAAAUGAAACCAGAAAACCCACCCCCAGGGAAGCAAGAGCUGUGGAGGGUUGGCUGAACAAAUCGAAGGAGAUCGACAAUUCAUUUUUUGCAAUGCAGAAGAGUGGUGCCCACGUCAAAGGAAAACCUAUUUUAGGUGUCACAGCACAAGCAGACAAGCCAAUCGUUGGCAAACCCUGGAAACACGAAAAGAAACACGCAAAUAAAAACAAGAGAGAAAAAUUAAGAAGAGUAUACGCUCAUUUAGACGAACAUUGAAGACUACAGAUAAAAUCAUAAUUGCUAAUUACAAAUUUAAAAUAUUAUGUGGUGUCAUGGGACACCAGUAGGAACGAAGUUCCUUCGGAUAGUAGAGAA